CUCUGCUCAUAAAGUAAUCAGAGAGCUUCUCUGCUCCGUCAGAGCAGCACAGCCAUGAGCCAGCCGAGCUCCCCGUCCUCCAGACCCGCGCUGACACUCCGCCCGUCCCCCUGACACACCACCAUGAAGAGGCAAAACGUGAGGACCCUCGCCCUCAUCAUCUGCACCUUCACCUACCUGAUAGUCGGCGCCGCGAUCUUCGACGCGCUGGAAUCCCAGAAGGAGACGACCCAGAGGAGGGAGCUGGAUCUGAGGAAAGCGGAGCUGCUCAAGACGUUCAACUUGUCCACGGAGGACUUUGACGAGCUGGAGAAGGUGGUGCUGCAGCUGAAGCCGCACAAAGCCGGGAUGCAGUGGACAUUCGCCGGCUCGUUUUACUUCGCCAUCACUGUGAUCACGACCAUAGGAUAUGGCCAUGCAGCCCCCAGCACAGAUGGAGGGAAGGUGUUCUGCAUGCUCUACGCCCUCCUGGGCAUCCCUCUCACCUUGGUGAUGUUCCAGAGCGUGGGUGAGCGGAUCAACACCUUUGUCAGGUACCUGCUCCACCGCCUGAAGAAGUGCCUUGGCAUGAGGCGCACUGAGGUCUCCAUGGCGAAUAUGGUGAGCAUCGGCUUCAUCUCUUGCAUGAGCACGCUGUGCGUCGGGGCACUGGCCUUCUCCCACUUUGAGAGAUGGAGCUUCUUUCAUGCUUACUACUACUGCUUCAUUACGCUCACCACCAUCGGCUUCGGGGACUAUGUAGCGCUGCAGAAUGAUCACGCUCUGCAGACCAAGCCGGAGUACGUGGCCUUCAGCUUCAUCUACAUCCUGACGGGCCUGGCUGUGAUCGGAGCCUUCCUCAACUUAGCAGUGCUGCGCUUCAUGACCAUGAACGCCGAGGACGAGAAGCGGGAUGCUGAGCAGAGGGCUCUCCUCGCUCAUAACGGUCAGGCGGGUGGACACAUCCACUGUUCAGUAGACCCGGCCUCCACCUCCUCCACGCCGUCUGGGUGCGGCGCAGUUGGAGGCAGCGGGGGAGGGGCAGCGAGCAGGGGUCUACGUAACGUUUACGCUGAGGUGCUCCACUUUCAAUCCAUGUGUUCCUGCCUUUGGUACAAGAGUAGAGAGAAGCUGCAAUACUCCAUACCCAUGAUCAUCCCACGUGACCUCUCCACCUCGGACACCUACAUGGAGCAGGGAGAGGCUUUUUCCAACCCCCUGCACUCUAACGGCUGCGUGUGCAGCCUGCAGCGCCACUCGGGCAUCAGCUCAGUUUCCACUGGUCUGCACAGCAUCAACACCUACAGAAGACUCAAUAAACGCAGAAGCUCCAUCUAAACCAGGAGGAGGUCAUGACUCAAGGUCAAGUCUCCAUUGUGUGUACCAUGUGGUGAGGGAGGGUCCCUCUACUGUGGUACUAGAUUAGCUGUGGACAUCAGGGGAACACGACUCCAGUCCUAAAGAGACUCCUGAUGUUUGCUUCUUUCUGGCACUGAAGAGCCUGGUGCUGCAGCCUCCAGACUCCAGCUGUGUAUUUAGCUCCCAUUAGCUAAGCACAAACCAUUUAGGACUAACAUCGUUACUGAUGUCACUGCGAAAUAACGCUAAUGGUUGUUUAAGAAGCAUUUGUUACACAAACUCUGAAACUGUUGCUGUUAGAAGACAGGUGGGGGGAAAAAAACACAUGUGCAGCUCUCUCUGCACCUCUGAAUUCCAAUGUUAGAUAUCGUAAUGUUGAAUUCAGUAUUUUCUUUGUUCAUAAGACAGAAUUUCAUGUUCUAAUAUGAAAAAGGGACAAAAGUACACUGUGAGAUAUGUUUUUAAGAGGGUGUGUUAAUUGUAUAUAAUGCCUCCGCUAAGAAAUAUUUUAUGGAAUAAUUUCAAAUCCACUUUUUUCCAAAAAAAGACUUUCCAAAAGGAAUCUUUGGUUGUAAGUAUUACACUCAGUUCAGUGAAAUUAAAAUGUGUAUAUAUUUGGACACUUCACUAGUAGGAGUCAUUGAGGGAAAGCCUAUUUUUUCAGUGGAAAUUUACAAAACAGUUUUCAGUGUCUUCUCCUGUGUGUCUGUAACUAAAGUUCAGGUUCAAGCCAAACUUUCUGAUCUGUUUAAUCAUAUUAACGGCAUUUGAAUGAUUGAUUGUUUCGAUCGAGAAUGAUUGAGUAGGUUUGGCUUUAAUGUCUUGCUGAAGGACGGGACACUUGUUACUGUUGGAUCAAACUUGUGACAGCGUCUCUAACCACUAGGCCUCCCUGCCGACCCUCUCAGACCUCACUGUUUUGUAUAAAUCACUAUGAAUUUAUUUUUCAUAGUUUCUUCCUGUACAUCAAACUAUUUUAUUUACUUGUUGCUCAUCAUUUGUUUUCAUAUAGCACAACUAUAUUCUGAUAGUUUAAUUAAGAGCAUGCAAGCUCACUUUGUGCAUAGUAGAGAGUCAUAUCUUAUUCACUGCUGCACCUUAGAAUACUGUUGUAUAUGCUUUAGGACACUGGAAUUCAGUGCACUACUUUUAUUUUAUUUUUUAUUUAAUGGAAUCACAUAAUGUUUUAUUAUGUAAAUUAUACGCCCUAAUUAAUUCUUUCUUGUGUUAUCAGUCUGAGUUUGACUUGAUACUCUGUGUUAUUAAUGAUUGAGAAUAAUAGCAGUACACCUCACUCAUAAAUGGCCUCAGAGUUUGCACCUCAUGCACUUAGGGGGUGUUUGCUCCAGCCCCACCUAAACACACACUUGAUUCAGCCAACUGAGGUCUUUAUGCAGUGUUUGUUAUUGUUUUAGAUCGCUGAAGGAGUUUUCUUACAUAAUCUUUAUUUUAUUUUUGUAGUUUCACUUUACUAUGUCUCAAUAUUUUAGUCAUAUCACAUUCUUUUCACAUUUUCAUCUUUUUUUUUCUACUGGAACAUUCUUAUUAAUUGCAAUAUGCCUGUUAAAAUUGUUCAGCAUCUCUCAUGAACUGAAAGAGAGACUGCAGUUGGCUAUGUGUGUGGCUAUACAUUUACAGUAUGUUUUUUCUUUAAUCAAUAAAACCUGAUUUAAUUUAAGACAA